AUGCUGCGUCUUGGAAAAUGGACUGAGGUUGUUACUGCACGCUUCUCUAUCAUUUCAGCCAACUCCUACGAGUACUCUUGUGCCCCUGAAAUAGUUUUCCUCAUUGAUCGUGCAAAAGCCGUCGGAAGAGCCACCCAUCACGGCGCCAGCACCAGCUUUGCUGUCGCAAUUUCAACAACCGCCUGCACCCACUGCCUUCCAACCAGUACCACCGCCGAUGUCAUCAGCACCAGCACCGAUGUCACAAGGUCGCAUUUCUGCCUGUGCAGAGACAGCGCCUGUGUCGGCACCAGCGCCACCAACAUCCAUGGCAGUGCCGACGCUCUCGCAGUCGCCUCCAGCCAUCCUGCCGACCACGAAUAUACCCCCGGUCGGAGCCAGCGUCUCACAACCAAUGCCUUCCUUCACCGCUUACUCAAGUAG